CUAUAUUCUCACAGCGCGUGGGUGUUACAGAGAGUGUAAAUUCGGCACCAGGAAAAUCUACGACUUUCUACUUCUAUGGUAUUCUGUGUAGGUCUGUGCUCAUGUCUGUGAACAAAAGGAAUCAUUGUGUCUCACAUUUGGUCGCGUCACCUGUCACUGAUUCGAUUGGAAAAAGGCAAUGUGCUUUCGUCCAAUUAUACGGAAAAAAGUCCAGAAUUCAUCCAUCGACCACCAAAAAAAAAAAGAAAGUUUUUGUUUGGUUUUAUCAGAAAAAAGACAUAGAUCAAGGAUUUCACGCCACCGACAUCGAGAUAAUCAACGUGAUAUACUUAUUUUGCAAAAUUAGGAGAAUGAUCAGCAAAAGCGCAAUUAUAAGGCCAUCUAUUCGUUUCUGUCUUGCCCAUUAUCAUUGGUCCAGAAGAUGGAUGGUCAUGAGCCAAAAAAGCACGCUGGAUUUGGCAAGUCAUGCGUCAAGUCAUUCUCCGGCUAAUGGAAGACGUGAACCCGACCCGACUUGUUCCUUAUCAUCUGAUGAUCGCAUUUUUAUAUCUCUAUUUCUGUGAUUCUAUGACCAUCAGUCAUUGAAAGACCGGGUGCCUGAGCAACCGACCAUCGAUAUCGUAGAGUGGUCUUUUUUUUUUUUUGUUUACAUCUCCGAUGACCGUUGGCAACAGUGGCUCGUUAUCUUGACCGAUUAGGGGAAUAAGGGAAAACAGAAAGCUUGUAUUGCAAUUCAAAGGGUGCUUGGAAUAAAAGAAAAAAAAGAGAGAUCAGCAUCCCCUUCCCACUUUUAGCUCACCCUGAAAUCGGUCUUGAGCUGACACAGGAGAUCUCACUGCUCUCGGCCGACCGUCAUAUGAGAAAAUAAGAUGGAGAGGAUAAUAAAGUACCAGAAGGGCUGAUGUACGCCGAGAAACUCGACACUAUCGAUCUUGCUAAUAAUAGAUCGCUCUAUACUCAUUUGGUCCGGGUUGAAGCCAAAUAGAUUGGUGGUGUGAAUGCAAGAGCUCCUGAGCAGGUUACUGUAAUCAAUGUAGGGCGGGAUGAGGCAUUUGCAAUAGCCGGCCACUCCUACUGGUGAUGAAUUGCGCUAUUUUCCGUAAUAACCAAUGCAUCAUGAUAGCACAUGAGAACGAUUAUAUCUUACUGAUCCUUCUACAAUAAUAAUAAAAGGAAAAAAAAUAUAGUACGAUGGUAUGACGAAUUAUGUCUGGUUGUCCGAGACAUUAAAGAGUCUCU